UGGUUACGCCCUUUGCUGUAAAACACCUCCUUGGAAAAAAAUACUAACCCGACAUGAUCUCCGUACGCUUUAAUCUGUUCCGGAAAGUUAAACUGACCUAAUCUGACACGGAAGAGUGAGAAAUAUAGCCUGAACACCUAAAGAAAUCAAAAACGUAUUUAGUGCUGCCAUUCAUCGAAAUAAGAUGCCAAGAAAUGUGCUUUCUCUCGCUGUUGCUUUGUUCUCCUGUCUUUUGAUGUGUACACAUGUUCAAGGAGAGUGUACACUGCCUUCUUUUGAAUCAAGGAAUGUCGUCUUAUCAGGAUCUUACAGUCCAGGUCAAACUUUGCCAGAUGGAUCUGCUUUAACAUUUGAGUGCUUGUCUGGGCACACACCAGUUGAUUCAAGAGCAACUAAAUCAAUUACUUGUACAAAAAGCCAGUGGACAGAUCUAGGGCUCAGUUGCAAAAAAAAAUCCUGUGGAAGUCCUCCAGAAAUUGUAAAUGGGAGAUAUGAAAUAUCUGGAAUUUUGUUUGGGGACACAAUUAAACCCAUUUGUAACACAGGAUACAUGUUAGUUGGGUAUGGGUUAGAUCAAAGAGUGUGCCGCGAUGGAGGAUGGGAUGGCAGAGAUCCUGAAUGUGAAGUGGUGAAAUGUGCGGCACCACCAUCCAUAGAAAAUGGACAACUUUCAGAUGAGCCUUUGGAAAGUUAUGAAUAUUCACAAGUUGUAACCUACAGAUGUAAUUCUGGGUUUAGUCUUAGUGGAAGUUCAAACCUUCAUUGUUCUGAUGAUGGGACCUUUAAACCAGAUCCACCCAAAUGUUUGGAUGGGUGUCCAAAGCCUGAAAUUCCACAUGCAAUUAGAAUUGGUGGAAGAUCUCCUCCAUACAAAAUAGGACACUUUAUAGAGUACAAAUGUGAAGAUCUCUAUACACUGAAAGGAAUAAAGGAAAUCGCCUGUAGAGCAGGAGGAUGGGAUCCUGAACCACCAAAGUGCAUUGAGCCUUGUAGAGUGCCUAAUUUUGGAGGAAAUGUCACUUUAAGAGAGGAGUUCAGCUCCAAAGACCUUUUUCCUCAUGGAGACAAAGUAGCAUUUAAGUGCAAGAGUGGAUAUGAGCCAGUUGAUUCAACAGUAUCUAGGAUAGCUACUUGUGAGGAAACCAAAUGGACAAAACUGCUCCUGACCUGCAAAGCCUCACCUACAACUACCACAACUGCCAGAGCACCCACAACUGCCAGAACACCCACAUCUCACACAACAUCUAAAGUGCUACCUGAUGGUGAUGAAGAAAAAUCAUCAUCGUCUUCCGCACCUCUAGGAGCGAUUUUAGGUGGAAUUUUCGGUAGUGGUGGUUUACUUUUACUUGGAUGUUUUGGAGUUUAUAUGCUCGUUACGAAACAGUCAAAACGUAAACAAAAGGUGCCUACAAAUGAAGAGGGAUCGCUUUAAUACCCUCACAUUCGUGGUAAAGUUGCUGCCAUGGGAGAAAAAACAAAAACAAAUGAAGCCUAUAUGUUAUACAAGCACUUUCAACAAUCCUGCAAGAGACCGACUGAUUUCACGCCGCAAAUUCCUCCAUCUUAAAGAGCUUCAUUUGUACAUCAUACUAAUGUCUGAUAGUUACUAAGUUUGCCCAAUUCUGCAUUCGCUUGAAGAAAUAUGGCUUCAGAUUAGUCAGGUUGAUUUCACUUUUAUAAAGUGUUUGCUUCUCUUUUCUAACUUUUAACUUAAUUUGAUGUUAAACACUGAGCUUGCAGUGAUCACUUAUUAAGACAGUCCAUUCUUCAUACCGAGAACAGCUGAAGAUGCACUGAUAUGAUUUCGUUGAGGGUUGUAGUUAACGUAAAUAUGUUAAAAAGCCUGAUUAAAUUGUGGAUUAAAAAAAGGAUGUUUUAUAUUUUGUUGUGUUAGUCUCAAUUACAGGCUUCCAGACUAAUGAAGAAUUGAGUUUUCUGCAUUAAUUAGGUUUAUCUGUGUGUUUAUUUAUAAUUACAGAAUUGUCCAAAGUACUCAAGGCCCAAAAUAGUUUUUCACUUUAAUAUAAUAAUGGGCACUGGAAAAGGGUUAGUGUUUUAUAUUGCUGCUGAAAAAUAAAAUUAGGUUUCAGAUGCAUUAUUCAUAUCGUAGCGAUAUCAAAUUCAGUUAGGUCACUCGUGUAAUUAUGGUUCUUCCAAUUUGUAAUUUGUUUUACUUGUAAUUAUUGUGCUGUUAUUGGUUUCUGGGUAUUAUAAUGGUUGCAAAUCAUCUCAAAUUUAGUUCAUCAUAAACUGAUACUGCAUUUUCACUACUCUUUCAUAUUGCAAAUGCUGGAAUACUGUCAAUCAACUCUGAUUCUAUUUUUGCAAAUUGUGAAUGUUCUUUGAGCUGUCUUUGGGUGCCUGAUGGUCAAAUUAAAAGCUCUAAAAUCAACCCACAAGACUUUA